AACAGUACCGGUCCCAUUCCAUGUGGUUUCCGGCGAGCUAGGACUACUGUACUGUAAGAAAAGUUUCAUCAUAUUUUUGCCGCUUCGUUCGGUUCACGAUGGCUCAACAGUUCAAAGACAUGGCAAGCAAGUUCGGCAAAGGUGGCAGUCCGCGAGGACUCGGUACGGGACUUAAACUUCUAGCUGCCGUCGGCGGUUUGGGAUUCGCCGCAACUCAAUCCGUGUACACGGUUGAUGGUGGUCACCGUGCCAUCAUUUUCAGUCGACUGGGCGGCAUCCAGAACGAAGUCUACUCAGAAGGUCUGCAUUUCCGAGUCCCAUGGUUCCACUAUCCAAUCAUUUACGACAUUCGUUCGCGUCCGCGCAAGAUUUCAUCCCCCACGGGCAGCAAGGACUUGCAAAUGGUGAACAUCUCGCUGCGUGUACUAGCUCGGCCCCACGCCGCUAGUCUUCCAACCAUCUACCGCACUCUGGGCACUGACUUUGACGAGAGAGUGUUACCGUCAAUCUGCAACGAAGUCCUCAAGAGCGUCGUAGCCAAGUUCAACGCAUCCCAGUUGAUCACACAGCGUCAGCAGGUAUCGCUUUUGGUACGCAAAGAGUUAAUCGAAAGAGCCCGCGACUUCAACAUUAUUUUAGAUGAUGUUUCUAUCACGGAGUUGAGCUUCGGCAAAGAGUACGCUGCUGCCGUUGAAUCGAAGCAGGUCGCUCAACAAGAAGCGCAACGGGCAGCUUUCACAGUUGAACAGGCGAUACAGGAAAAGCAGCAGAAGAUCGUGUAUGCAGAAGGUGAAGCCCAGGCAGCGCAGAUGUUGGGAGUGGCCAUUUCAAAGAACCCUGGUUACUUGAAGCUCCGAAAGAUCAGGGCGGCACAGAACAUUGCCCGUACGAUCGCCAACUCGCAGAACAGGGUUUACCUCAAUGCAAGCUCGUUGAUGUUGAACAUUGCGGACAAGGAAUUCGACAUAGUCGGAGUGCUGCCGGGCAAAAAGUAAGGGGACAGUGCGGAAGAUAGCAUCUCUUUGUUACCCAAGUUCAUAGUUUUCUUUCUUCUUUUUUUUUCAGAAUAAAAGCACGUAGCGAACAGUU